AUGAAUUGGAAGAGUGAAGGAGAGUGUGAAACAAGUUCUCAUGAUUCUUCAAGCGUUGAGUGUCAUUCAAGAAACCCUAGUUUCAUUCACUCCAUUUCUACCGGCCUUCAGGCUGUGCAGGACGCACUUGAACAAGAAGUUAAAAAAAUUGCAGAGAUUGGGAAUGAACCUUUCACAACUGCUGAUGCUGUUGGAUAUGAAGAGUCAUGCUUAUCUGGUCAGUCUGGGGCAGAAGUUAAGCGAGUUUCAUCAAAUUCCUUGGAAGUUAAGAUAUUAUGCCUGACAGAAAAGAAAAACAAUUUGCAAAGCAAGUCAGAAGAACAACAGAGUAUGCUUGCAAUUAAGGAUUCCAGGAUUUCUGAACUUGAAAUAUCCCUUACUGGUGAAAAGUUUGAUAAAGAAGAAUCUACUUGUCCCACAGGAUUUUUAGACAAAAAUUUUAACAAUGUGGAGUCUGAGCUUGAGACCCUUUUCAGGCAAAAGGUUGAAGCUGAGAUUGAAUACCUUACCAUCACUAAGACGAUGCAGAACUUGAAGGCUGCAUCAGCUUGUAUGUUAAUGGAAAAACAAGAAACAGUCUCUGGAAAUAAAGUCCAGGUUCCGAACAAUCUUGAAGAGGCACACAGUGUGGGUUCAAGACUGAAGACCAGAGCUGAUGAAGUGGAUAAAUACUGUGGCGGCAUUUUACAAGUUGAGGAGAGUUUUACGAUUCAGAGAAGAGUAUGCAAGCUGACAUUUUUCCUUUUCUUUCAGUUCAUGUGCUUGAUUUUGGCCAUUUUGCUUGUUAAGUGUCCAUUUUCUUCUGAUUAUGGGGUGAUUAUACCCACAUAA